AAUCAUAACAAUUUUAUUUAUUAUAUUAUUUCAAGUUCAAGUUUUUACAUUAAAAAAAUUCGGAAAAAUUAUCGACGAAAAAUAUAAAGGAAUAUUAUCUUCCUGCUUCAAUAAAAUUUUCUAAAUGGCCUCACCAUUCUUAAAGGAUAUUCAAGCUUUUUCGAAAAAAAAGUUAAAAAAAGUUCAAACCAAAGUGAUCACAGCCGAUGGACAGAGACUCGUAGAAACUAGAGAUGCUCAGGGCAACAUAAUAGUUACAGCAGAGGAUGGAACGAUCAUUCCUAGCCAAGCCGCUCCACCUGAUAAAAUAUCAGCACCCAAACCAAAGGUGACAGAUGAUAAAGCUGUUAAUGGAGACGCUGAAGCUGAAACAGAAGACAUCAAUGACAAUAUUAAAUCAGGGUUGGACAGGAGUAGACUGGACAGGCAAGCAAGUUUAGAUAUGAUAAAAUCUUCAACAAGCCUUAAAAAUAGGAUGAACGCGUUUGGCGGGGGCGCCCCCAAGUCCAAAGACGAAACAAACGAGACGCCUAAAAAGGUUCCUCUACCAAAAUCUCCCAAUAAAAUAGUUCUUCCCCCAUCUGUUACAACUCCACCAAUUGCCCAAACAAAAUCAAUGCCUCCUCCCGCAAAUAAAUUAGCUCCAAAAAAACUCUUCAAACAAGAUAACAUUGCAGAACCCAAACCCACUGAAAGUGUCAAGAAACCAUUCCCGUCAAAAAUGCCUAGUCCUAUACAUGAAGUUUCACCACCUAGUAGGAAACAAUCUGAAGAGAUUCCCCAAGAUGCCAUAAGUAAACGUAUGUCCGGUGGCAAGCAGUGUAGUGAGGUUCUGCCUGGCAUAGUUAUGGGUUACAGAGAUUUGAAAGAAAGAUUGCCCAAUCUCGAUAUGGGAAUUACACACGUGCUAAAUUUCCUUCCUCGUUUAACGUUAGACAACUCUAGUCAAAAAGAUUUUAUUUACAAAAAGGUUGAAAUUCAAGACAAUCCAUUGACAGAUAUAAGACAAUUUUUUCCAGAAUGCUUUGAAUUCAUAGAUAAGGCUUUAGCCUAUAAAACAGAAUCGGGGCAGAAUGGCAAGGUUUUGCUAUUUUGCACCGAAAACGAAUACAUAUCAUCGUGUAUAAUGAUAGGAUACAUGAUAAAAUUCCAGGGUAAAAAAUAUAAAGAAGCCUUCGAUUUUUUACACGAAAAAAGACCGAACGCCAAACCAGGUGAUAACUUCUUACGCAGGCUCAAGCAUUUCGAGAAAGAUCUAGAAGAGGAAUCGAUGUGGGACAAUUUGGAAGGUGAAGAUAUGGAUGCCCUUGCCAAGGCGUUGGAUUCCGAUUUGGACAACGAAAUCGAAGAAAAGAAAGAAACCAACGAGGACAAUAAAAACGGCAAUAAAUCUAUCAAGCCCAAAGUAAUUUCUAAUGCACCACCCGCUCCUCCUAUUAUUAAUAAAAAAGAUCAUAUUACUACCACUAACACUAACAAGCAACCAGCUUCAACUAAUAAGGACUCUAAGGAGUCUAGUAAUAAAUCACUCGUACCCCCACCCCCUCUUCCUAAGGAUAAUAAAAAACCUUCCAGUGAUUUGCCGCAUAAAACGUUACCUUCUAGUACUCAAGAAAAAGAUGUAAAAUCUAAGAUAGCUAGUCCUUUGUCUGCCAAAAAAGAAGAGGUUACAAAAACAGCGAAAUUAUCCCAGCUGGGAGGGUACAAGCCCCCUUGGGGUUAAAUGCCGCGAACAUCUCAGAAAAAUCUCAUAAAAAACGUUCUUCUAGUUCAUCAUCAUCAACCUCAUCUAGUAGUUCAACCUCUUCAUCUAGUUCUUCAAGUUCAUCAAACUCUAGUCAUUCAUCUGAUAAUAAAACAAAAUCUAAAAAAUAAAUUGUUUAUUUCUGUGUUGAUGAAAAAGGAAACAAAUUGUUCGAUUACUUUUUAGAUCUUGUUGUAAAAAAACAAUAAAAUUCCAAUUUAUUUUUUGAUCCACAUUAUAAUAAAAUUUAAUUUAAUCAUUUGUUUAAAAUAUUAUAUUUUUUUGAAUACCUUUAAAUCAUUAAAUUGAUUAUAACAAGGCGCG